AUGCUAAUGGCUAAAAUGGCCGAGCAGUGUAGCAGAGAUGAACCAUUUGAUAUCUAUGCAUAUUUUAAACGAUUCACAAUGGACACCAUUUGGUCAUGUGGUUUUGGUCUCGAUACUGACAUGCAAAAUAAUGUCAAUGAUCCGUAUCUUCUCCAUUCGCAACGAUUCUUUUUACCUGAUAAGAUUCGUCAAUCCAUAUUAGUUUUGAAUCGUUUGAUAGAAGAAUUGAGCCAAGUGUGGGUAAGUAUAUUUCUAUCACUUGGCAUUAUUCGCUAUUGGCUUCGGCGGUAUAUUCCCGUGACAAAGUGGUUUAUCGACGAAAAUCCCGCUACAUGGGUUAUGAAACAAGCCAAUGAAAUGAUUGAAAAACGUAAACAAAUUGGUCAUACUCGUCGAACAGAUUUAUUGCAGUUGAUGCUCGAUUCCAUAUCUGAUGAAGAUUUCAUUCACGUAAGAUUCGCUUUAAGACGGCUUUCAAGAUUAUCAUCAUGGGUAGUUUCGUAACACUUGUGCUUUUGUAUUUUCAGGAUCAUGCAACAUCGUUCGAAAAAACUGAAGAUACUGAGACCGAAGUACCUCUGGUUCGAAAAAUUACCAAACAUGAGAUCUCUGCCAAUAUUUUCCUUUUUAGUGCGUAAACCAAAAAACUCUCGCGUUCUAGCUGUCAUAAAAUUUUGUUUUUUGUCUUGCAGUGAUUGCCGGUUAUGAGACGACGAGCACAGCUCUUGGUUACGCGACAUUCAUUCUCGCUACCCAUCCAGAAGAACAGCGAAAAUUGCAAGAGCACAUCGACGCUCAUUUUAAUCCAGAAACAGAAGACAUCAUGCCGACAUAUGAAACCGUCUCCGAAAUGGACUAUUUGGAUAUGUUCAUUCGAGAGACUCUUCGCAUGUUUCCCAUUGCGCCUGUAGCUAUUAGUCGUCAGAGCACUGAGGAUUUUUCUAUCCAAGAUAUUGGUGUCGUGCCAGCGGGUACACUAAUUACAGUUGACAUGUACAGUUUGCAUUAUAAUCCGGAUUUAUGGGGUCCCUUAGAUCCAAACGAGUUUCAUCCUGAAAGAUUCGCCACAAAACGACAUCCAAUGGCAUGGAUUCCGUUUGGAGCUGGGCCACGCAAUUGUAUUGGCAUGCGUUUUGCUUUGUUUGAAAUGAAAAUGUUACUUGUUCGACUAUUGAAAACGUACACACUGAUCGAUUGCGGUGAGAAAACCCAUAAACCAUUUCAACAACUCGAAGAAAUAAUUGUCAUCGCCCCCACAGAAGUCUUUGUUCGGCUUCAACGCAGAGACGAACAGCAUAAAUAACAAAUUCUUUUGCACUAUACAAUAUAUAAAUUAAUUAUUUGGACACUAUGUGAU